AAUGUUUCACAAAACUCAUUUAGCCUACAACUGCAGAUCCAGGAAAAAAACGAUUCGGGUCAAAAGUCGCUUUCUCCCUCUCUUAAAACUUAUUGGAGCGUUUUAUGGUUUUAUGGACUUGCUAUUGGGCUAGAAACGGCGGUUCAUCGAAGUCAAGAGGAAGAGGAUCGCAUUCCCACUGAAAGCCGUCAAAACGGCGGAUAGCUGCAUGUGGUUGGGGAAAAAGUUAACUUAGUGGCCGCGGUGAUGAAAGCACGGCUACAUAUAUUGAACUUGUUAAAACGAGAUGGCAGGAAAGAGCCGCAAGGAGUCCCUGAGAUCAUCAGCACCCUGCGGCAGGCGGGGAAGAGCGCGGCCCGGCAGGAGGAGGCCCCGGGGCCCCGCCCCCCUGACGCCGGGGUCACUGACGACUGCAGCGACGCAGCUGCCGCUGCCGCCUUCGCCAAGAAGUUCGAGGUGCUGUUCUGCGGGCGGGUCAGCGUGGCUCACAAGAAGGCCCCGCCCGCCCUGAUCGACGAGUGCAUCGAGAAGUUCAGCCACGCCAGCGGGGCGGCGCCCAAGGACAGGGGGUGUCCCGGGGCGGGGGAUGGGGGCGCGCCGGGGGGCCUGGCGGGAGCCUCCAGCGCGGUCGCCCAACUCAAGCGCGCCUUCUCCUUCCAGCCUUCGUCCAACGGGGCCCCGGACACAACCGCGGGAGCAGGGGGAGGGGCCAGGGCGGCAGGCCCAAGCACAGCCAGCCCUCCCGGGAGCCUAAAGACAGUGUUUUUCCGCCGGGACCCCAGCUUCCCCUCGCUCCAGGCGCUGGACGAGAACGGGCUCUCCCCAGAGCUGCACAAGAGAGGCGCCAACGGGCCCUGCGGAGUCCAGCCCACCAGCAUCCAGGAGAACCGCACCAUGCUGUUCACGGUUGGGAAGUCCCAAAUUUUCCUGGUGAGCCCAGACACCAAAAAAGUGGCCAUAGAGAAAAGCUUCCGUGAGAUCUCCUUCUGCUCUCAGGGCAUUAGGCACGUGGACCACUUCGGCUUCAUCUGCAGGGAGUCCCUGGAGAACGGAAACUGCCAGUUCGUCUGCUACGUCUUCCAGUGCACAGACGAGGCACUGGUGGAUGAGAUUAUGCUGACUUUGAAGCAGGCGUUCUCCGUGGCUGCCCUGCAGCAGAGCUCGAGGACCCAGUGCCAGCAGUGUGAGAGCUGCCCCAUGCAGCAGCUACACCGGCUCUGUGAGAGGAUCGAAGGUCUCCACCCUUCCAAAGCCAGACUGGAGCUCCAGAGACACCUGGCUGCUUUGGACAACAAAGAGCAGGCCACCAUCUUCGAAAGCAUCCAGAGAGUUCGGCCCAGGACAGAGCAGGAGGAGAAUGAGCUGGUGAUGUCCAGCCUGCGGAGUCUAUAUGAAGAACGUCAGAAAAGCCACCAGCACAAACAAAACGCUGACCUCAAACAGACGGGUCAGAGUGGGACGGAGGAGGUGUCCGGAGAUGUGCAUAUGAGCUCCAGCCGGCUGCGUCUGGAGCAGCUGAAGACCCGCGCCAAGCGCUCCCUCACCGAGUCCCUGGAGGGCAUCUGGAAGGGCAGCAGUCGGUCGAGAGCUCAGAGGGAGAGCAGUGAGGGGGGAGAGGCUGACACCAGCUCCUCCAGCUCCACCCUCAACAGCAGCAUCCGGGAGCCCUCAUUGGAGGAGCCCCUGUCGUCCCCACUCCGCCCCUCCAGCCCCCUCAAGUCUCACAACUCCACAGGGGACCUGAAACAGCUGGACACACCCUCCCAGGACGUCCAGCGGCCCGGCUUUCGACGCCGGGCCAGCACCUUCAGCCACCUGCCCACGUCCUGCUCCACAGACUCCUCGUCUCCCCCCGUCCCCCAGGAACCCACCGCUGCCACCAAACCCAAGCUGGUCCGGCACUACUCCGUCAGCACCGACACGCCGCACCAGAGCAAGGACUCCUCCUCCCAGGCCACGCCCUCCCCCACACUCCACCCAACGCUCUCCUCCUCCUCCUCCUCCUCCUCCUCUCCCACCUUCUUUCGACCCCCAAAGCACUCCCCGGGUACAGAGCACGGUGGGCGGCCUCUCAAACGCAGUCCUCUCGCCUCUGCUCACCUCAGUGGUCUCCGGGCACGACUGCGCUCCUCUUCCUCUGUCCCCAACUUUCUGAAAUUUCUGGCGCCGGUUGAUGAGAACAGCACCUGUGACUUUAAGGACAAAAGUGAUGUGGCAGCUCUCUCCAGCCCAGGGGCGGUGGGCGUGGUCGGUGAGGGCAGCCCACUCCGCAGUCACAGACAUUCCUGGAGGCAGCAGAUCUUCCUUAGGGUGGCCACGCCCCAGAAGACCUGCGACACACCCUCCAGAUACGAUGACAGAGGCGACCCCUCCGGGGAGGCGGGGCUUGGGGGUGGCGACGGUCAGCUGGGGGCGGUCCCGGAGGAGAGGCGGAGGCGGAGCGGGGCGGAGCUGAGGGAGCUGUGGAGGAAAGCCAUCCUGCAACAGAUCCUGCUCCUGAGGAUGGAGAGGGAGAACCAGAAACUGCAGGCCUCGGAGAGCGACCUGCAGAACAAGCGUCUGAAGCUGGACUACGAGGAGAUCACGCCCUGCCUGAAGGAGGUCACCCUGGUGUGGGAGAAGAUGCUGGGCACCGCGGGCCGGGCGAAGAUAAAGUUCGACAGGGAGAAGAUCCACACAGCUGUGGGACAGGGAGUCCCCCGGUACCACAGAGGGGAGAUCUGGAAGUUCCUGUCAGAGCAGUACCUCCUGAGUCAACGGGUACCCAGCCGCCCCCCCGGCAAAGACACCCCCUACAAAGAACUGCUGAAGCAGCUGACCUCCCAGCAGCACGCCAUCCUCAUCGACCUGGGUCGUACUUUCCCCACGCACCCUUACUUCUCGGCCCAGCUGGGGGCUGGUCAGCUGUCCCUGUACAACCUGCUGAAGGCGUACUCGCUGCUGGACCCCGAGGUGGGGUACUGCCAGGGCCUGAGCUUCGUGGCUGGGGUUCUGCUGCUCCACAUGGGCGAGGAGGAGGCCUUCAACAUGCUCAAGUUCCUCAUGUUCGACAUGGGCCUGCGGAAGCAAUACCGCCCUGACAUGAUCAUCCUGCAGAUCCAGAUGUACCAGCUGUCCCGACUGCUGCAUGACUACCACCGGGAGCUGUACUGUCAUCUGGAGCAGUACGAGAUCGGGCCCAGCCUGUACGCCGCCCCCUGGUUCCUGACCGCCUUCGCCUCACACUUCCCCCUGGGAUUUGUCGCCCGGGUCUUUGACAUGCUGUUCCUCCAGGGUUCAGAGGUCAUUUUCAAGGUGGCACUGAGCCUGCUGGGAAGCCACAAGCCUCUGAUCCUGCAGCACGACAACCUGGAGGCCAUUGUGGACUUCAUCAAGACCACCCUGCCCAACCUGGGCCUGGUGCAGAUGGAGAAGACAAUCAACCAGGUGUUUGAGAUGGACCUAUCCAAGCAACUGCAGGCGUAUGAGGUGGAGUACCACGUGCUGCAGGAGGAGCUGCUGGACGCCCCCUCCCCUCUCAGCCAGCAGCAGAGGGCCGCGCACCUGGAGAAGACCAACAGCAGCCUGAGGCAGCAGAACUUAGACCUGCUGGAGGAGCUGCAGGUGGCCCACGCUAAGAUCCACAGCCUGGAGGCCAGCGUGGAGGGGCUGGUGAGCAGCGAGAGCCGGCUGCAGCAGGAGGUGCAGUCUCUGGAGCUGGAGAGGGCGGCGCUGCUGGACACCGUGGCCUCGCUGCGGGCCCAGCUGGCGGGGCAGGGGCUCCCCAAGGGGGGCGCCCCCAGCCCCAGCACGUAACGCUCCGGACAGUGACACACCGGGACACUCCUCACACUGCUGCGAGGGUCAGGGGUCCUCCCCUGUCACGCCCCGCCCUGCCCCACCCCCUGCCUCGCUUGCCCCACCCCUCCCCCGUCCCGCCCCGCCCACAGUACCUCUGCUCCUGUAGCAAUGCUGACAAAGAGGCCUUUCACACGCAGAGAACCCCAGGAGCGGACGAAAGCUGCACUUCCUCAAAUCAUUUCAGCUCUGACUCGGCCGUCUCCUGCAAGCACUGACCCGGAGGCCCGCAGACUACAGACACUGACUCCAUCGCGGCGAUCCCGCAUUGCGAAGCAUUUGCACUUGGAAAGGGGGUGGGGAUCGGGGCGGGGGUUUUGAGGGGAAGACUGAGGGACCCAUCAGGACCGUGAGCACGGCCACAGUCAUUGUUGCACUGAAUGCGAGAGGCGAGUUUGUGAUUAGGAGAUUAUGUUCCUGAUGGAGGGGGUUCGGCAGGGAGGGGAGGAGGAAUGCAGGGCGGGAGCAGCAGUGGACUCGUAAGGGCUUUGCCAAACGGCCCUGAACUCCGCAGCCUUCUGUGCUGUUCUGUCGUGCGGAACACUUAAAGAAAAAUGGCUGCUUUUUAAAAGAGUAACCAAAGAAUUCCUUUGUGAUCUGAUAACGAUUACGUAAGGAAAAAAAAAAAAAAAC